UUAUCUUGUUCAAUAGAAUAUUACUAAUUGAUCUUGCUUAAUUGUCUGUCAAUGACGGAGCAAUCUACAACCGUCACCGGAAUCCCCGCCGCCGGCUAUCCGCCGCCACAGUCAAACAAUCAGAACGGUUACUCCACAUCAGGUGCUGCCUAUCCUUACGCCGCACAGCCUCCAAUGAGCACAACCUACUACAAUACUAACCCUUACUAUACCCAGCCCUAUUCCAAUCGCCGCGCCACACUUCUCCCCCGUAUAUUUUUCAUCAUCAUCGCCGCCUUCAUCAUCGCCGGAACAAUCUCCUUAAUCAUUUGGCUCAUUCUUCGCCCUAAACUCCCCGAUUUCCGGGUCGAUUCGUUUUCCGUCACCAAUUUUAGUAUUUCCUCAUCGCCAUCGCUGAUCUCUGGCUACUGGAAUGUCCGAUUGAAUGUCAGGAAUCCUAACAAAAAACUCACGCUUAGUUACGACCACGUCGAGGCUUACGUUUUCUAUAAAUCGGAGCCUAUAUCGGACACGACAUUGCCGCCUUUUAAUCAAGGGAAGUUGGAUCAGACGAAUGUAAGUGCGACUGUCGCCGCAUCGUCGGCUUAUGUUGAAAAAUGGGUUGCUGAUGGCAUCGAUUGGGAGAGGGAACGAGGAAGCGUGAAUUUUAAUGUGAGAGUGUUGGCUCGGGUAGAAUUUAAGGCUGGAUUUUGGUGGAGGAAACAGCCGAUCGUUACGGUUUCUUGCGGUAAUUUGAAUGUUGGACUUAUCUCCAAUAGAAGCUCGGGAGAUUUGACAAGUGGGGCGGGAAGUGUAUGCAAAGUUGGUCUGUGAGAUUGUUUUGGUAAAUUUCUCUUUUGCUGGUAAUCAGAUUUGAAAAUUUGGAAGAAACAUUGGUAGAUUGACAAUACACUUACAUGCAAAAAAUGACAAUUUGUAUAGAUUCCUUAUGCUAAUGAAUGAAUUAUGAAUAUCCAUUCUUUCAUC